GCUACAUUUUAACAUGAAAGACCUCUAUAAAAACACAAACACGACCCACAGCAUUUCCUCCACCUACAGUACUACUUCUCCAACCCAAAUGAAAAAAGUAUCUACACAACCAGAUUCCGUCACUUUCCCGGGAAAACCAUCACAGUUUGCAGCUGAAUGCUGGUUCGAUGAUGACGCAUGCAUUCUCAACAUGGACUAUUUCGUUAAGACCUUGGCCGGAAUUAAAGCUAAAGGAGUCCGACCAGACCUUAUCGGUUCAAUUAUAGCUCAUUACGCAUCAAAAUGGCUACCAGAAUUAUCUUCAGAAACUGGCGAAAGAGGACUAACCAAUUUCGAGGAAUCACCAGAAAGCGUAACAGCUUCAUGGAUGAAAAAAAGAUUCUUCGUCGAAACCCUAGUUAGUGUUUUACCGCCGGAGAAAGAUGCAAUCCCUUGUAACUUCCUUUUACGGCUUCUCCGGACGGCGAACAUGGUCGGAAUAGAACCAACUUAUAGAGCAGAGCUAGAGAAGAGGAUCUCUUGGCAACUUGAUCAAGCUUCAUUAAAAGAGUUAAUGAUACCAUCUUUUAGUCACACUUGUGGAACUUUGUUAGAUGUUGAGUUGGUGACUCGGUUGGUGAAACGGUUUCUUAAUUUGGACGAAGCAGCUAAAAGUACAGGAGCUGCUUCUUUGAUUAAAGUAGCUAAGCUUGUUGAUUGCUAUUUAGCUGAAGCAGCUGUUGAUGCUAAUUUGAGUUUAUCAGAAUUCGAUGAUCUUGCUUCUGCUCUUCCUAGCCAUGCUCGUGCUACUGAUGAUGGUUUAUACAGAGCCAUUGAUACCUAUCUCAAAGCACAUCCUGGGACGUCAAAGCAAGAAAGGAAAAGUAUAUGUAGAUUAAUUGAUAGCAGAAAGCUAUCUCCUGAGGCAUCACUCCAUGCAGCCCAAAAUGAAAGAUUGCCAGUACGUGCAGUAAUUCAAGUCCUGUUUUCAGAGCAAUCCAAUCUCAGUCGACACGUAGACUGGAGUGGCUCGUUUAUUGGCACCAGAAGCCCGAACCUUGGGUUCGAACAACCAGGUGGAAGUAUUUCAAAACGUGAAAUAAAUGCUCAACAAAUGGAAAUAAAGAAAUUAAAAGAAGAUGUGCUAAGGCUACAAGGACAAUGCCUCGCAAUGCAAAUGCAAAUGGAGAGAAUGAUAGAGAGAAAAAAUAAAGGGUUUUUUAGAUGGAAGAAAUUAGGGAUUAUGUCUUCAUCGAAAAAUGGUAAUACUGUUGCUGAGAAAGGUGAAGAAGGUGGUGGUGAUAAUGGAGGAGAAGUAGAAAUUGGGUUUGGAAGACAGAGUACUCCAGUGGACAUGAAGACUAGGUUGGUUAAAGGUAGGCCUACUCCUCAUCAUAAGUGGAGAAGAUCUAUGUCUUGAAUUUGAUUAAUUAAGGAAAAUUACUGAUAUUUGUUGGUUUUUUUAAGACGUUUUCAUGCUAAUUAAAUAAAUUAUGUUGUUGGUUUUGUUGUAUUUUUAAUUAUGCUUAGGAAAUAAUGUAAGGAUGAAAUAAUAAUACUAAGAUAUUUGUAUUUAUAUGUAUGUUAUACACUUUCAACUUCAGCAUUA